AGUACUACACGCUUUGCACUAUUGUUCAUGUCCCAACUCUGGAAGUACUGUUCUUUGCUCCCUUAAAGCAUAAUGUGGGAAGAAGAGCCCCAGUUCUCCGCAACUCCCUACGCAUAGACACCUUUUGUGUUACUUAGCAACCAAAUAGAAAAAAUAAAUGCGCCCCCGAGAGCCCUUACUGCUGGGGCGAUGGAGAGAGGCUAGCAGACGAACUGCAACAACAUCACGCGAACUUUCCAGCCUUUUCACAGAAUAUUUAGCAUUAGGAGGACCCGAGACUAUCAAGUCGCUCCAAGCGACAAUUCGUAAACUUCAAGCACAGGUUGACGAGCAGAAAUCUGAUGGCCGAUUGGAUCGCUACAGGAAACUGCAAAAAGACCUCGAGGAGAGUGACAAAGUUUGCGACUGCCUCAGGGCGGCUUUGAAAGCGUGUCAGUGGAGUGAUGAAGAGGUGGAUGCGCACAUCCAGAAGAAGCUCUACAAGGCCAGCACGCUGUAUGGUGCGUCAAGGGAGAUGCUCCUCCGGGAGAACCGGCUGCUGCGGUCGCAGCUGGAGGAGCACCUGGUCACCAGCCGCACCUCCCGGCCCGCCUCGGGCGCCAGGCCGGCGGUGUCGGACAGCAAGCUCAAGCAGGCGCACAUGCACAGGGGGCCCCACUUUGAGGCAGUAGCGCGGCUGACUGAGGUGGCUGACGCGCUGGAUGCAGCGGAGCGCGCGUACCAGCUGCCCAGCGUCUGCCAUGCGGAGGUGCAGGUCGACGACGGCUCAGCGCAGCACAUGCGGACCAUGCAGCAGCAGCUGGCGGCGGUGACGGGGCAGAAGCUGCAGCUGAUGCAGCAGCUGUCGUCGGCCGCUGAGCAGAGCCGGCUGCUGGACUUAAAGCUGGAGGGCGCGCUGGAGCAGCUGGCAGAGAUGCGGCGGCAGAAGACGGAGAUGCUGGCGCACCAGGACAACCUUUCCAAGGACCUGCGGGAGCACCUGCUGUCGGAGUCCAAGCGGGCGGACACGGCUGAGGUGGCGCUUGCAGACGCACGGCAGGCGGCGCAGGCGGCCAGGGAGGCGGAGGCGGCUGCGCGGCAGAAUAUGGAGCGAGCUCUGGCGGAGGCGCAGGCAGCGCAGGCGGCGCUGCAGGAGAAGGCACAGCAGGUUGACACGCUGCGGGGUGUGUACCUGGAGCUGCGGGAGACGUUGGAGGCGCUGGCGGGCGACGUGAGCAGCGGGCAGCAGGAGGCCGCCAGGCGGCUGCUGGAGGCGACACGGGAGCAGUUCGCAGACCAGCGGGUGAUCCUGGAAGACGUCAAGGCAACUGCCGUGGGCGUGCACCGGGUCGCGCAGCACAGUGCGGAUGCCGUGACGCAGCUCACCGUGCAGCAGCGGGUGCUGGCGGCGGAGCUAGCCAGGACGCACGAGGCCUCCAGCGUGACGCUGGGGGCGUACGAGCGGCAGCUGGGCGGCAUGCAGCAGCAGCUGCAGCAGUCGGAGGCGGAGCGGGCGCGGCUGACACGGCAGGCGCUGGCGGCUAGUGCACUGAGCAGGAUUGAGGACAAGCGCCACCAGCAGGCCCUCCACACGCUGCUGUCGGAGGUGCCGCGCAGCGUGGUACGGCAGCUGGGUCCGCGGCUGCAGGCGCUGGCUGAGGGCACGCAGCUGGUGGCGCAGCAGGUGGAGCGCACGCAGCAGGUGCUGGAGGACAGCAGCAGCCUGGUGGGGGCUGGCGCGGGGAAAGCAGGUAGUAUGCUUCAACCCCCGCCAGCUCCUGACGUCGUCGACGACGCCUCCUCGCAGCUCCUGGCCCAGAGCCGACUGCUCCGGGCACAGCUGCACGGCCUGUCCGCAGGCAUCGGACCUGCUGACAGGGCUGACGGCCCCGGCCCCGCGCAGGCGCACACCGCACUCGCACACGCCUACCUACUGGAUAGCCACCAGCCGUUCCAGCCGGCACAUGCAAACGCAGGCGAAACCCUGGUUGACCCCGCUGCACUCAUGUGGAUGCCGCCCGGUGCUGCUCCGGUCGGGGACUCAACGCUGCCCCUCACAGCGGGGCCAUUCCUCGAUCCGGGCUACUACCAGCAGCUGGCAGCGACUGGCCCCGGGGACCCGAUGUGGCUUCACUCCGCAGCCCUGCCUCCGGUACCCAUGGCUUUCACUGCAGGCUCGCUUCCGCACGCGCACCUUGACCUGGUGUUGGAGGUGCCGCCGCCACCCCACCAGGAGGACCUGUGCGCCGGCGAUGCUGCCGCCAUGGCGGCACCGCAGUUGCGGGGCGCUGGUCCUCCAGGCAGCCGCACGGCUCGGCUGGACGACGCAUCAGCACCAUCGGGGCUUCUUGGGACAGGAAGAACGCCCAUGAUAGGCCCAACCGUGCGGGAGAAUGCUUCAGCAAGGGCAGAGCAGCAGGCAGGGGCUACCGAGCUGUCUGUGGCUUCCUCUGUCCAAAGCCGCCCAGGUGGCCCGGCAGGGGUAAAGCCAGGACCCCCAGGAGCAGCACCGGGGGCAGCGGGCAGGGCUGAUGGGGAGGCGGCGUCGCGAGGCGAUACUUUUGCGCUGGAUCAGGGGGCUGCUAGCAACGGGGCGGCGCAAGCUGAUCUCGGACCGGAAGCUGGGGAGGGGAAGGUGCCGGCGCACGUUUGGGUUCCGUCCACGGCAUUGCUCGAAGCCUUUAAGAUUGCCGGAAAAAGAUAAAAGCAGCUGAAAGCAGCUCGCUUUUAUGCCUUGGUCUCUCUCUACAGAUUACCGCCUUUCCUGUACUGUCUGUACGGAAUAUGACGAUUCUCCGGAUCCAGUAGAAGGAAAAUGAUGGGAGCUUAGCCUGUAACAAACACUGCGGAUAGCAGUUACUGCGCUAAAUUUUACUGCUGCUGUUUACGAUGGAAGUUUCCGGGUCGCUAGUGCGAUAUGGUAACGCCGGUCCGCAAGUUGCGCUCUUAGCAAGAUAUGCUGAGUCCUCAUACAAUUCUCCUAAGCGAGCUAUCGUGCUAAUCGGUGGACUUACGGAUGGGCUGCUGUUCGCACCGUACGUUGUGCCGCUGUCAGAGGAGCUGUCGCGGCGGGGCUGGCUGGUGGUGCAUGCGUCCAUUCAGUCCUCGUGGCAGGGCUACGGCACGGGCAGCUUGGACCGGGACGCCGCCGACCUCCGCCUGCUGUGCCAGCACCUGCGGCGGCAGCACGGGGUCAGCGGGGUGGUGCUGCUGGGCCACUCCACAGGCUGCCAGGAUGCGGUGCGCUACAUGCAGCGCUACGGACCCGCGGGUCGGGAGGAGGCGGAGCAAGAGGGGCCGCUGCCCGAGAUCCUGGCGACCAUCUUACAAGCGCCGGUAUCGGACCAUGAGUGGCUCGCGGGGUACCCGUGCCUGGCGCCGCACGUGCAGCGGGCGCGGGAGCUGGUGGCUGCGGGGCGGGGGGAGGAGGUCGUGUGCCGGCUGCAGGUGGCGGACAGUGCGCCCAUGUCCGCAGCGCGGCUGCUGUCCUUGUAUGAGCUGGGCGGAGACGAUGACAUGUUUUCAGAGGGGCUGCCGGAGGAAGCUGUGCAGCGCAUCCUGGGUCCGGCUGGCUCUCGACCCUGCCUGCUGCUCGUGUCGGGGGCGGACGAAUGCGGACCGAAGCCGGACCGGGUGGCGGACCGCGUUGCGGCAAUGCAACGUGCGAUAGGAGCCAACGCCGCUAUCCAUGUGGUUCAGGGGGCGCCACACAACUUGGCGGGGUAUGAGGAGCAGGGGGUGGCGGCGGUGGUGGCGUUCCUUGAGGGGUUAAGGCCGUCAGCAGGGGAUCAGGUCUAGUGCCGUGGGUAGGGCGGAGAUUUACAGUUGGUGGCGCAUUUGGGAUGUUGCAUGGGGUGAAGGCCUGCGUGGGCUAUAGAAUGAAGGACUUCCUCCUACAGGGAGGGGCAGUGUGGAUUAUAAUGAAACGAGGGGUGUACGGUACUGUAUAGAGGCUGGGGUCAUACCAACUGACCUAGGCACGGUAACAUGAUGACGGACGGCUGUUCGUGCUUGGCAUCGGCAAAUGCAUGACGUCUGGGAGCCCAAUGGGAGUCAAGAGCCGUGCUGUUGGGUGUCCUUUAGGUAUCGGUAUCCACCACCAUUCAAUGCAAUACCGGUGAAAGGCGGCUUGACUUGUCGCGCGUGCAUUGAACUGGGACAACCAUAAGGAUCAUUAGUGCGUCACAGGGCCCUGGGAUCGAGGCCAUGGUUAGGGUUUGGUGCUGCUUGUCAGUUGCGCAGGUGAUAGAGGAAAAACACGGCAUAAAUAAUCUCACG